AUGGACGACGAUUGGGAUAUUCCCACGGUCAGCGAGGCCUGGGCCACCCGCCACGACAAGCGCGGGAUACGGAUCCUACUUCUUGUCCUGCUUAGCCGUGUGGUCUGGCUGAUCAUCAAAAUCAUGCUCUUCAUCGGCAGGCCCCUCGCCCAUGUCUGGGGCCGCCUACCGUGGUCCUGGGACAAUCGCCGAGCUCGAGCCUGUAAGCGCUACAACAAACAACGCGAGGACUCCUUUGCCAAGCUCGUCCACCGAUCAGCAUCAGCUGGCCCCAUUCGCGUGUACAAAACAAGUUCAGGUGCAUCGAAUGCCGAUCGUUUCUUCGGUCGCUUCCCAGCCGAGAUCCGUCGCUGUAUUCUGGAGCACGCCUUUGGCCAGCGCACGCUGCACAUGGACCUUGCAUUCGUGCGGCCGCAUCUUGUCUUGGAUGAGCUACAGAGCAGCCGGGAAACAGGACAUGCAAAGAUUAAUAGAAGGCGUUCGACUGAUCUUGACUUUCGCCAGGUUGAUUGGAGGUGGCUCGGCUGUGUUUGCCAUCGUUCCAAGCCAGAGGAGCAGCCACUCUCCCUGGGCAGGCUUCGAAGCGAUCCCGGGAGCUGCGCAAGGGAGGGCUAUAGAGAGGGCUGCAUGGUAGGCGAAGGCGAAUGUGCUCAUUGGCCGGGUGAGUGGCCUGCGAAAUGCCAGGUGGGAGCUCUAGGCUGGCUGUUGAGCUGCCGUCAAGCAUAUAUGGAAGGAAUGGAGGUACUUUACAAGACCAACACCAUUCAAAUUUCAUCCGAAGUUCUCCUUCGCGGCCUGCACGAAGUGCUUACACCCACAGUGCUCUCGAGCAUCACCUCACUCGAACUCGUCUGGAACCCGAGACUGCUGCACAUUGUCAAAGUCUUCGAAGGCCUCGAGCCUGAAAAACAGCCAACACGCCAAAUGCCGCCAAUCUUCCCCUCGUUGACUCACCUUCACAUAUGUCUGACGAGCCUGGAAUAUGUAACCAUUGGUGUGGGCCAAGGUGAUGGGAUGCAGAUCCGAACCAUGGAAGAUUUGGCGGAAAACAUGCCGCUAAGUAUAGAUACGCUGGUUCUCAGAGCUGCACCAGCUACAACAAAUGUCACUGUUACUUAUGCUGAAGAUUACCUGUGGUUCGAAACGGUGAGGUCGAAUCACAUAAGGAGUCGGGGGAUCGAUGCAAUUCGAGAUCGGGAAUCCCAAUUUGAAGGGCCAGAGUUCUGGCGUGAGAUACCUGCUCCCAACUCCAGCGCGCAGGAAGAUACUUCGCCUAAUAGCCUGGAACUUGGUGAAGGGAUCAAGGCGGGCCGAGGAUACUGGAUACAUUAUACUACAUAUGGCCAUGGGAAGUACACUACUGAUGAGGGCUGGACUCCCUCAUAG